UGCCAAGAUAUCGAUGAGUUCAAACUAACUGGCUAGGGAGUCGACCACGAGCAGUGCAACGUAACACGACGGCGUGCCAAAUGACGAGGAUGCUUGACCGGGUGCCCUCAGCUUAGCGAGUCCACUUAAACUAUCAAGGUCAGCAUCAACGUCGACUAUCAUCAAACCCUAGGCUAAUGAGCCACUGACUUUUCUGUGACGUACCACAAUUUCACCUCCUGAAAUUUUGCACGGACAGAAUAAAGAAUAUGAACGUCCUUCUUCAGCAAGAAAAUGAAUCUAAACACGAAUCCUAUUUUAGAACAAAAACUUCCAAAUGUAACUAAAAUAGAUAAGUGGUCUGGAAAGGGCGAAGUGAAAAUGGUGAUAAGUUCAGUCCUAGCGCAUCUAGUCAACACAGAGCAUCACGCAGAUGCUAAUAAAGCUUUCAGUGUCAUUCACUGUGUUCCAAAAACUACACCACGUGUAGCUCACCAACGCCUGCUGAAGAUGGCGGCGGCUGUCGCAAUGAGGUUGGUCUUAUUCUUUAUCUCUUUGUUUCACCAUCAUAUCAUUCUUCUUUAUAUGUAUCAUCCCAUUAUAGACUAGUUUAAAAAGAUAAAUAUACUUCCUAACAAUCUCUUGAUCCCACUUCAUUUCGAAAAUGUAAC